AUGCUUUCCAGGAGAAAACUCUUCACGGAGAACGAAGAAUAUAACCAGUCAGAGGUGUUAUUGUUCACCAUUGCAUCUUCAGCAAUUUGGGUGAUGGUGCCCGGUUUGGCAUUUCUAUAUUCUGGUUUGUCAAGAAGAAAAUCGGCACUUUCUGCCAUCUGGGUGGUGAUAAUGUCGUCGUUCAUUGGUUGUUUUGCAUGGUAUUUUUGGGGAUACUCUUUGGCAUUUUCUGAAUCAAGCAAUGGGUUUAUUGGCGAUUUGAGGGCGUUCGGGUUUAAACAUGUUGUGGGCAAAAAAGACGUUGAUGCCACUUACCCUGAAGUUGCCUACGGUCUUUUUCAAUUACAGUUUUUGUUGGUCACUUUGGCCAUUUUAGCAGGCGCCUGUAUUGCCGAACGUGGCCGCUUUUUGCCCACCAUUGUCUUUUUCUUCUUGUGGUCCACCAUCGUCUACAGUCCUGUCGUGUACUGGAUUUGGGGCGGCGGCUGGGCGCUGACCUGGAGAGGUGGGGCUUUGGACUACGCUGGAGGUGGCCCUGUGGAAAUUCUUUCGGGUGUUUCUGCGUUUGUCUACUCUGCCUUCUUGGGAAGAAGAAACCAGGACCUCAUGAUUAAUUACAGACCACACAACAUUUCCACAAUCUUUUUGGGCACGUCUCUAUUGUACUUUGGCUGGUUAUUUUUCAACGGGUUCUCUUGCGGUAACGUUUCUGUGAAGGUGCCAUAUGCUAUGCUCAACACCCACUUGUGUGGUGCUUUUGGAGCUAUUACCUGGUGUCUUUUGGAUUUCCGCCUCGAGAAGAAGUGGUCGAUGGUUGCUGCGUGCUCAGGAUGCAUUUCGGGUCUCGUGGCCGCCACUCCAUCUUCAGGCAUUAUUCCCUUGUGGGCCUCUGUGGUUUUGGGUAUAACCGCCGGCAUUGUGUGUAACUUCUCCACCCAGCUCAAGUACUUGCUUCGUGUGGAUGACUCUCUUGAUGUCAUGGCAGAGCACGGUAUCGCGGGAAUUAUUGGCUUACUCUUUAACGGUAUCUUUGGUUCCAAAACAGUGAUUGGCUACGACAAUGUCACCGAUCACGAAGGUGGGUGGAUCGACCACAACUGGAAGCAAUUGUACAUUCAAAUCGUGUACAUUUUGGCCACCACAGCCUAUUCUGCUGCCGUAACUGCCGUGUUGUGUUUUGUCAUCGACAACAUCCCGGGUCUCCAUUUGAGAGCAGACUACGCUGCCGAGGAGCAAGGUAUCGACGAGGACCAGAUAGGUGAGUUUGCCUAUGACUACGUGGAAGUAAGAAGAGACUUUUUGGACUGGGGCCUGCCAGCGACGCCGAAAGAGAAAAUAUCAGAGCCCAUCGAGGAAGUUGUGGGGGUAGAACCCGACGAGAUAUACCAUAGAGUUGAUCCAGAUACGCUGAGCGGCGUGAUCUCGAGCAACGAAGACAGUCAACUGAACGAGAAGGAGGAUCUUCCGAGACAGAAAGAGGACUAA